UUGGCUUCCGAGCUCUGCGGGUUCUUUUCCGGGCUGCUAAAGGGGAAGAUAUUCAGAUUCCUGUCUUCGGUUCUCGGACUCCUACCGUCUCCCAGAGGCGAAAAAACGAGCGGGGCCGACUCCUUCCCUUCGUAGGAGGGAGCUUUGCUCUCCAGCAUCGUACUCUCGGUGGUCCGAGCAAAGGCUUGAGCGCGCGGGUCCUGAGAGGGUUCGUGGCGGAGGGAGGUGGGAAGAAAACGACCAUAGUUUAGGGUGUUGCAAUGCAAAGGGCUUCACGGCUGAAGAGAGAGCUGCAGUUAAUGGCCACAGAACCACCCCCAGGAAUUACCUGCUGGCAGAAUGUAAAUCUAAAUGAUCUUCGAGCCCAAAUACUAGGUUGUACAAAUACCCCAUACGAAAAAGGAGUUUUUGCUUUGGAAGUAAUUGUUCCUGAAAGGUAUCCAUUUGAACCUCCAAAAAUGCGCUUUCUUACUCCCAUUUAUCAUCCCAACAUUGAUUCAGCUGGAAGAAUUUGCCUGGAUGUUCUUAGAUUACCACCCAAGGGUGCUUGGAGGCCAUCCCUGAACAUUGCUACUUUGCUAACUUCCAUCCAGAUCCUCAUGAAUGAACCUAAUCCUGAUGACCCUCUCAUGGCUGACAUAUCUUCAGAGUAUAAAUACAACAAGCAAGCAUUUCUCAAAAAUGCCAGACAAUGGACAGAAAAAUAUGCAAGCCAGACAACAAUGCCUUUAGAAAUCACCAAUGAAGAGAAUCACAAAAGCCAGGCUGAGUUCCCAAAAGAUUCCAGUAUUUCCCAGAAGAGGAAAGGAAGCAAUAUCAGUGGAUUGUCCAAAAAAUGUCGCUUAGAAACAUAAUGAUUUCCUGCUAUAGUAUUUCAGUGGCUGUUACUGUUCGUUCUUAAUCUAAUUUUCCAUCUUUUAAAUAGGCUUAAUGGAAUUGUUUAUUCAUUUUGUAAUGGUAGUCUUGCUGUAUCAGUGACAUGAUGUUUAGUAUGGCAUAUGUCUGUUUUUUAAAAAAAUAAUAAAAUCUUACAUUAUUUCUGUAACAUACUUUAAAUCUUUCCAUAAAGAGUAUGUUCCACUGCACUUUAUGUAUAUUUAGAAUGAAAGCAAGAAUACAUAAUAAUUGGAAUUUCUUAUGACUGAUGUUAUGAAUGUAUUGUAAACAGUUUCUUUUGACAGUUAAAAAGUUGUGUGGUUGCUUCAUCUUCACUUGCCACAGUAUAAAUAAAUAUUAAAA